AUGUCUCCGACUUGGAGGGUCUGGGGCGCAUGCCGGACGCUCGCCGCGCGGUCGAGGCCCGCAGCAGCUGUCAAGGCCGAGGUGCCUCUCUUCUCCUCGCUACCCGGCCGACGAUGGGCCUCUUCCGGCAAGGUCGACAGCAGCAACGGAGACAAGAACGACCAGGAGACGAUCCCGUCAUCAGCCGCCAUCGAUGCCCUGGGCGACGAUGCCCUGCAACAGAUCUUCUACGGAGGCAAGGUCGAGCCCCGCGAGGGAGACCAGGCCCUGACCCCGGCCCAGGAGGACAUCCUGUACCGCUCGGGAAGGAUACCCUCAUCGGACGAGGCCGAGUCGCAGCUCGUGCCGCAGGAGCCUAGAACACCUGCCACGCCGGUGGGCGGACAGCAGCUCGGCUACAAGUUUGCCCUGCCGCAGAGGCCGUAUCCUGCCGACUUCAACCACAAGAAGAGGUAUCACCCCGUCGUGGACCUGUUUGCACGGAUGAUUAUGCGUGAUGGAAAGCUCAGUGCGGCUCACAGUCACAUGGCCAACAUGAUGAACAUCCUCCGAACCUCGCCGGCACCCAUCUACAGCCCCAAGUUCCCCCUGCUCCCUGGAACUCCUCCCGCUUCGCAUCUCCCGCUCAACCCCGUCCUCUACCUGACCAUUGCCGUCGACUCGGUCGCCCCCCUGCUCAAGGUGAAGCACGUCCCCGGCGGGGCCGGUGGUGGCCGCGCCCUCGAAGUGCCCGUGCCGCUGCCGCUGCGGACGCGCCGCCGCCACGCCUUCCAAUGGAUCCUCGACGCGGUAGAGAAGAAGCCGUCCAAGGGCAGUGGUCGCAAGCAGUUCGGCCAGCGCCUCGCCGAGGAGAUCAUCGCCGUCGUCGAGGGCAGGUCGGCAGUCUGGGAGAAGAGGAAGAUGGUGCACAAGCUCGGAACGACGGCCCGUGUCAAUGUCGGCGCCGAGAAGAAGUCAAAGCGAUAG